AUGGGCCAGUUCAUCCAAAGAGGCCGCGUCCUUUCCUUCUGGCGCGAGAUCGUCCGGACGUUGAACAAGAUUCCGCCGUCCUCCACAAGGAAUGAGCUGCGGUCGUAUGCGCGGCAGGAAUUCGAGCGCCAUCGCGAGGUGACUGACUCGCAACAUAUUCGAUACUUGCUUUCGACGGGGAAGACCGAGUUCCAGACUAUGAGUCGGUAUAUUAAUGAGCAGGUUGUGGGUUGA